CUGUGGCGGCGGCUGCGCCGGGCUCUGUGUCUCUCGCCGCCGGAGGAAGAUGAGGCUGAAGAUUGGGUUCAUCUUACGCAGUUUACUGGUGGUGGGAAGCUUCCUGGGGCUAGUAGUCCUCUGGUCUUCCCUGUCCCCGCGGCCGGACGACCCAAGCCCGCUGAGCAGGAUGAGGGAAGACAGAGAUGUCAGUAACCCCAUGUCUAACCGAGGAGGCAAUGGAUUAGCUGCUGGGGAUGACAGAUUCAAACCUGUGGUACCAUGGCCUCAUGUUGAAGGAGUAGAAGUGGACUUAGAGUCUAUUAGAAGAAAAAACAAGGCGAAAAAUGAACAAGAGCGCCAUGCUGGAGGAGAUAACCAGAAGGACAUAAUGCAGAGGCAGUUUCUCACAUUUAAGCCUCAGACAUUCACCUACCGAGAUCCUGUGCUUCGUCCAGGGAUCCUCAGUAACUUUGAACCCAAAGAACCUGAGCCUCAUGGAGUGGUUGGUGGCCCUGGAGAGAACGCCAAGCCAUUGGUUUUGGGACCAGAAUUCAAACAUGCAAUUCAAGCCAGCAUUAAAGAGUUUGGAUUUAACAUGGUGGCAAGUGACAUGAUCUCACUGGACCGCAGCGUCAAUGACUUGCGACAAGAAGAAUGCAAGUAUUGGCAUUAUGAUGAAAACCUGCUCACUUCCAGUGUUGUCAUUGUCUUCCAUAACGAAGGAUGGUCAACCCUCAUGAGAACAGUCCACAGUGUAAUUAAAAGGACUCCAAGGAAAUAUUUAGCAGAAAUUGUGUUAAUUGAUGAUUUCAGUAAUAAAGAACACUUAAAAGGAAAACUAGAUGACUAUAUUAAGCUGUGGAAUGGCUUAGUGAAGGUAUUUCGAAAUGAGAGAAGAGAAGGUUUGAUUCAAGCACGAAGUAUUGGUGCCCAGAAGGCCAAACUUGGACAGGUCUUGAUAUACCUUGAUGCCCACUGUGAGGUGGCCGUUAACUGGUAUGCACCACUUGUAGCCCCCAUUUCCAAGGACAGAACCAUUUGCACUGUGCCGAUUAUAGACGUCAUAAAUGGCAACACAUAUGAAAUGGUACCCCAAGGGGGUGGUGACGAAGAUGGGUAUGCCCGAGGAGCAUGGGAUUGGAGUAUGCUCUGGAAACGGGUGCCUCUGACCCCUCGAGAGAAGAGAAUGAGAAAGACAAAAACUGAACCAUAUCGGUCCCCUGCCAUGGCUGGCGGAUUAUUUGCCAUUGAACGAGAGUUCUUCUUUGAACUGGGUCUGUAUGAUCCAGGUCUCCAGAUUUGGGGUGGUGAAAACUUUGAGAUCUCAUACAAGAUAUGGCAGUGUGGUGGCAAAUUACUGUUUGUCCCCUGCUCUCGUGUUGGUCACAUCUACCGUCUCGAGGGCUGGCAAGGGAAUCCUCCGCCCAUUUAUGUCGGGUCUUCUCCAACUCUGAAGAACUAUGUUAGAGUUGUAGAGGUUUGGUGGGAUGAAUACAAAGACUACUUCUAUGCUAGUCGUCCUGAAUCAAAGGCAUUACCAUAUGGAGAUGUAUCUGAGCUGAAAAAAUUUCGAGAAGAUCACAACUGCAAAAGUUUCAAAUGGUUCAUGGAAGAAAUAGCUUAUGACAUAACUUCACACUACCCUUUGCCACCCAAAAAUGUCGAAUGGGGAGAAAUCAGAGGGCUUGAGACUGUCUACUGCAUUGAUAGCAUGGGGAAGACAAACGGAGGCUUUGUUGAGCUGGGACCCUGCCACAGGAUGGGAGGGAAUCAGCUUUUUCGAAUCAAUGAAGCUAAUCAACUCAUGCAGUACGACCAGUGUUUGACAAAGGGCCCUGAUGGAUCCAAAGUUAUGAUUACACACUGUAAUCUAAAUGAAUUUAAGGAAUGGCAGUACUUCAAGAGCCUGCACAGAUUUACUCACAUUCCUUCAGGAAAGUGCUUAGAUCGUUCAGACGUCCUCCAUCAAGUGUUCAUCUCCGAUUGUGACUCCAGUAAAAUGACUCAAAAGUGGGAAAUGAACAACAUCCAUAGCGUUUAGAAAGAAUGAAAGAAACCAAUAACCUACCUACUGACAUAAAUUUAUACAGGACUGAAAACCGCCUGAAACCUGCUGCAACUAUUAUUAACUCUGUACAGCUCCAAACCCAGAACCUCCUGAUCAGUUUGAAGGACGUUGAUAAACUGUGAUUUUACAAUAACAUUAUCAUCUGCAGUUACUGUUUACAAAACUGCUUUUACCUUAAACUUUGUAGAUGUUUACAUCUUUUUUUGUUUUAAGAUGAUGUUGGUAAUUUGUGCAUUUAGCUCUGUUUUAUUUAGAACAGAGUUAAAAGCAUCCUUGUCUUCUUUGGGAUUACACUCAGGGGUCUGAAAGGCAGUUUGAUUUUAUUAUUAUUUUUUUUUUAAACACACUUGAAAACAAGGUUGGAGUAACCAGACUUUCAUAUAUAAUUUGGUGAUUAUCAACCUGUUGUGUCUUUAUUUAAUUUUACAUCUUUACGAAGCCCUGCCACAGGUUCUUAGCCAAGGUGGCCUUCCUUCAGUCAUGCUGCUUUUUUGAAAGGUGAAUUUCAACACAUUUAGUGCCUCUUUCAUUUCUCAGUAUAUAUUUCAAGAGCUUUUGAUGAAAUUUAUAGGAUGUUACGGAAUUGUCAUCUGUAUGAGGAAUACUGUCACUACUCAAAAAUGACUUUAUGUGCUACCAUUUGUUCUGAAAUUGAAUGUUGUAUGGCUUGAAAAAGAAAAGACAGUAUAGAACA